ACGAAGAAAGGCCUCGCGGUCACCACCUUUAAAAUGGAGCACAACCACGAUUUCCUGCCCCCUGAAAGCAUCGAUACCACAGAUAUCUUCAAGGAGCAUCCCUUGGAGGAUUUUCGCACGCUCAGUCCGUCAUCCCCAAAAAGUUACUUUUGCGCACUAUGCUAA